AUGCCACAUUUCCGGAUGUUCUGGCAGUCUGGAACGCGUUUUGCGCUGGUAGCGGAAUUGAUGUCGAGGAACCGAUUCGAGGCAAUUCAUCAGUGCCUCCACAUGAAUGACAACCUCCAGGCGCUGCCGCGGGGCACGGACGGUUACGACCGCCUUUUCAAAGUGCGCCCGCUACUCGAUGAGCUGAGAAAAAACAUGAGCAAGGUGGCCCCAGAUGAACGACAAAGUAUUGAUGAGCAGAUCAUCCCCUUCAAGGGGAGAUCGCACCUCAAGCAAUAUCUCAAGUCAAAACCCCACAAGUGGGGAUACAAAGUAUUAACGAGAGCGAGUUCUUCUGGAAUCAUGCACGACUUCAUAAUCUACGAAGGCAAAGGAACGGCUUCGGAUAAUGGGUUCGGCAUCUCGGGGGAUAUUGUCAUCUAUCUGGUGAAAACUUGGCCACAACACGUAAGCCACAAGUUGUUCUUUGACAACUGGUUUACCAGUCUUCGCCUCGUCGAUGAACUGAAGACUAAAGGGUUCCAUUGCAUAGGAACCGUGAGAGCAGACCGAACAGAAAAAUGUCCUCUUUCUUCUGAGGCCGCCCUGAAAGCGCAGGGAAGAGGCUCCGUGGACUUCCGAAUGGAUGAAAAAACGGAGAUCGAAGUGAUAAAGUGGGUUGACAACAAUUGCGUGACACUAGUGUCCAGUUAUGCUGGAGUCCACCCAACCGACACGUGCAAGCGGUGGAACAGCAAAGACAAAUGCAUGGUUGACGUUUUACGCCCUCUUGCUGUCAAGGAGUAUAACACUUUUAUGGGCGGCGUCGACUUGGCCGACAUGCUCAUUGAGCUGUACCGCACAGAUCACAAAUCAAAAAAGUGGUACAUACGCAUAUUCUAUUGGAUCAUUGACGUGUGUAUUGUAAAUGGUUGGCUCCUGUUCAAGCGACACUGCACGCAACUCUGCAUAAAAAGAAGGCUCUCUCUGCUCGCUUUCCGUGCUCAAAUCGCACAAGCCCUGGCACACGUGAAGGCCACGCCUUUGAAGAGAAGAAUGAAACAAAAAGCAAUAAAAAUGACCAGAAUAAACAUUGUCAAAUAUAUUUUCGUCACCCAUCACAUUGAUUGA